UCUUUGCGCAAACAGGGGUAUCCGAUUACUGGCAACUCAUUCAUUGGUCAAAAGGUGUUAGACAUGUCUGCCACGCAGGACGAAAGUGCAACGCUACAGACGCAAACCGAUACAAAAUGAGCGGGAAUCUGGGAACAACAUGGGGAACGCUGGGAACGCCUGUGAUAAAUUGGAUUCCGCGAGAAACAAAAUGGCUGAUGAAGUUGAAGUUAGAUGUGUUAACGGACAAGAAGAACUGAAAGGACAAACACGAAUUCAAGUGCAAAAGAAAUUUGAUCCGAAGCGCUUUUGUUGCAUUAACAAAAAUCUUCUGGUGUUGAAGCUCUAUUACUUUUUUGCUUUCAGCGCCCAAGCUUGUAUCAAGCCAUUUUAUCCCAUAGUUUUUCGCCACGUGGGAAUGUCAGCGCAACAGACGGGAAUUAUACUCGGUUUGAAGCCAUUGGCGCGUAUUAUUGGAGCACCUGUUUCCGGAGUUUUGGCAGACAAGUACCGUAAACACAGACUUGUGAUGCUAGUAAUGUUUAUCGUCUCAACCACGUUGCAGUUUUCUCUUGUAUUUGUUCGUCCAAACGAAGAAUCGAGUGUGGAAAGAAAUUUAUGCAGCAACAUCUCAAUAUGGAAUUCAUCUGAGAAGGCAAAUGGCAGUGGUAAUAUAUGGCCGUGUGGUAUUACAGGAAACUGUUCUUUGUUCACUGUGGACAAAAACUGUACAAAUCAUUCAGUUUUGAACGUGUCAGUAAUGGCUAACAGUCCAGGGAAAGGAGGAAAUAACAAUAACACAUUUUUAAUUCUUGUUAUACUUGUGUUUGUGAUUUCACUGUUUGACAACUCCAACUCUCUUGCCGAUGCAGCCGCUGUAAAGUACUUGACUGAUAUGGAAAGAGUUGGGGACUACGGCAAACAACGAAUGUGGGGCUCAGCGGGAUGGGGAAGUAUUGCAAUUAUUUCUGGCUUCACAAUGGAUCAGUCAGCCCAACGUUUAAAUCAAAAUGAGUUUCUCUUAGCAUUCUGUGGAUUCCUUUUGUUUAGCAUACUGACUAUAAUAACCGUGUUCAAAUUGCCAGUAGAAUCUUUAGAGGACAAAUCUAAGCCGAACAUCAUUCGGAAUGUGAGGAUUCUUCUUUCAGACUGUCGCAUUGUGAUAUUUUUGAUUGUCAUUCUUGUCAUGGGAACUUGUAUGACCACGAUUGAGGUAUUCUUAUUCUGGUUUCUUCAAGACCUGAAUGGAAGUCACUUGCUUAUGGGACUCUCUCUUUGUAUGACAUGUGUUACAGAAGUCCCCAUAAUGUUCUACUCAGGCCAUUUAAUCAAGUGGAUAGGGCAUCAUGGCGUUUUAUACCUUACACUUGUGUGUUAUACUGUAAGGUAUCUGUCAUACUCCUUUAUUCCCAAUGCUUGGUACGUGUUGGCCAUUGAACCUCUCCACGGCGUGACGUUUGGAGCCAUGUGGGCUGCUACAACAUCUUAUGGAGGUAUGAUUUCACCUGAGGGUAUGCGUGCGACAGUGAUGGGUCUAGUUUCUGCAACGCAUUUUGGCCUUGGCAGGCUUAUUGCAGGGUUUGGAGGAGGAGCUGUUUACAGCAAAUAUGGGCCAAGAGUUCUGUUUAGAAGUCUGGCUAUAAUUAGUGCUACUACCUGCCUAGUGUUUGUUGUAUCACAGAAGUUGUUAAAGAAAAAGUCUCAAGUGAACUAUUCCCACUUACAGAAUGAUUUUCAAGAUCUAAACAGUGCUUGGGAUCUAGGUAUGAAAGAGAUUAGUUUGGACUCCGAAGAUGAUCUGUGACUCAAGAGUGGACAGUUUGCUUGUAUGAAGUGCCCAUUGAAAAGAGGAUGCGCUUCUUUACAGGGGUGGCGGAGCAUACUUUGAAUUGGGGGUGCUUACAAGCAAGCGCUAGAGGCGCUAACUUGUAGGAGGUCUGGAGAUAUUUGUAAAAUUAUUAUUUUAUGUAUAUUUUGCGUGAAAUUGCCCCCUGGCUUUGCUAUCCCAGCUUUAGUUUUCUCAUCUCUUUGUAAGUUUUUAUCAAAGGUCAUAUCUACAACAAACAACUUUUACAGGAACAAUACAUCCACCUUAAGACUCCCAUAAGUAAGGUAAGGUAUUGUAACGUUUUGAGGUUUCUGCUUACGAUCAGCUUUUUAAAUGAUGUUCUUGAUUGUUGUUUUCUUUUUUAUGUUCCAUUGUGUUAAUUAAAAUAAUUUGUAAUAAUUUUGUCGUUGUGAGGUUUCGAUCAAGAAUUUGUUGAAAGAAUAAAUGCAUGACACACAAGCACAAAUUUUUUAUAUAUUUGUUAAUUAAAAUUCAAACGUGGUGCUGAGGCUAAGGGGACUAAAGCAAACUAAUUAUUGACAGAUAAUCCACACCUCAAACUCAAUGUGAUUUCUUUUGUUUUAAUCCUCCUAAUCCUCACAGACUUGCCCGAAUUUUAAUACAAAGAAAUCGGCUCGUUUGUAUGCUGUAAUGGCACCUAUGUGCCUCAUUUGUAUUUCUUUCGUCGUGUUUUUGUGACAUUUCACGUUUGUGUCAUUACUCUCAAAGAUGCACUUUAGGGGGUUUAGUUUGUUCAACCAGGCAGCAUCUUUUGGAACCUGGAAAAGUUCAUUGUAGAUUGUAUUUUCCCUUUUUGUUUCUUGGCCAUCCAUGGCAUUAUGUUAUUGCAGUUUUUACAGUUUUACUUUGGAAUAAACUUGUUCAAGCCACGUGAGCCUAUGUAUCAAUUCAAGCACCUGCACUGGUAAAGUACACUGUUUGAGAACUAUGUUGAACAAACCUAUGAUAUGGCCUUGUGACGGCUUCUAUUGUUUGGCCAUGUACUUGUGAUCUUUGAUUAAUUUAUCUAUAACAUAUUUUUACAUGAAAGGAAAUUCACAUGUACAACAGUUAAGGUUGGUGACAUUAAUCGAGGACACUGCAAGUAGAAAUUAAUAUCAUGAAAUGUGUGCUGAAUGUAAUUAUCUUUAUGACUGACCCCACGUGAAUGGUCCUUCAUAAAAAUUGAGUUUUGCUUCCUUAAGACACAGUGCUUUUAAAGGUAGACCCAGGGGUUCGUCAUUAACUCUUUAAAGUGCCUAUGAAGUAAAAAAUAAUUGCCACUUAUUUGAAAGGCUUAUCAAAGUAAAGAAGA